AGCGGCGGGAUGGCAGUACUCCUGAAUGCAAUUUUGAAGACGUAUUCUUCUAAGCUACUGUAAAAUCUUUGUUUUUAGGCUUCCGGGUACUUUAAUUUUUCAGAUACACAUUCACUCUUAUGUCAGCUAAUCCUGAUAUAUUAUAAACUUAUGGCGUGUUUUUGUGUUUUUCCUGGAUAACUGUCGGACUCGUCUGUAUGUGAAAGUGAAAGUGAACUUGAUCUCGGACUUGGAGGGGAAAACCAGCCAACUAAACCUUGUUUAGUCCGUUUGGUUGCAGCUAGACGAGGGUACCUGUCUGUGAGGAAACACGGAUAAACAUGACGGAAUUAUCUACCAUCUAUAAACUGUCUCUGAUCGCCGUUACCUGCUUUAUUCAAGCCUGCAGCAGCAGCUGUCCGGUGUUGGAGUGCUGGUUUGUGCAGGAGAAGGCGGGACGAGGAGGAGGUUUAACUGGAGCUACGACCCAAGAAAAAUCUCUGCUUCACAUCAGAACCGAAGCAGACGGCCAGAAUGACGAGUCCCAGCGCGCUCCUAAAGACAUCAACCCUGAAAGAGUCUACUCUGUGAUCGACCCGGCUGGCACCCUCUGCCACCGCUCCCUUAACCCUCCCAGAGGCUCUGUGACGAAGCCCCAGUGUGAGAUCAACCCCUUCCUGCCGCAGCCCUCCAGCCUGGACUGGGUUUCCUCGCUCACAGAGUCUGGCCUCAGCCCCGUGUACCUGCAGGCUGAGUGGUUUUCAUCUGCAUUUCAGGGCCUCAACGAACAGCUGGCCAUCUCUACUAUCACCCGCAGCCCCACGGGAUCUAAAGAGCACAGUGUGAUCCUGAGCGUGACGACUAAAACGGUCUCAGUAAAGUCCAGACUCGGGGAGCCUGUGCAGCUGGACUGCGGCUUUUGGAUCAACCCUUCCUCUCCUCUGUAUGGGGCUGGAUUCGCCGUCGAGUGGCGGUACCAGUUCAGAGGCCGCGGACGGCUGAUUCUGGCUUACGAUGGGAAGACUGACCGCCUCGCCGACACGCAGGAAGAAGGAGCCACGCUGGACUUUGAGGCUUUGCACGAGAAAGGAAAUGCAUCCUUGCUCCUGCAGGAGGCUAAAGUGCUUCACUCUGGGACGUACAUCUGCACGGUGUAUCUGCCACACCUGCUCGCUCAGGUGGCGCUGGACCUUGAGAUUGAAGAACCCCCAUCCCUCUCCAUCCACCCCUCCACCCUGCCCCUCGCUGUCCCAGGUCAGACUAUAAAUGUCCAGUGUGAAGCGUCCGGCUUUGCGCCCCUCCCCGUGGAGUUCAGCUGGGAGAUUAAAGGUGCCGACGGGAAGUCCAAGACCCUUGAUUCAUUCAGCGUAACGGGCCACCGGCAGGCCUGGGACCGCACCUUCAGCCAGACCUCCCGGCUCGAGAUCGACACCUCUAAGCUGGACCUGGGCAGAGGAGGCGAGCUCACCUGUGUGGCCGCACACGCUGGAGGCACGAGACGGACCAGCGUGACCCUCAAUGUCAUCG